GCCUAAAUUCUACAAAUACAAAAGAAAAAUAAGUAUCUUUGUAUCCAAGUGACAGAAAUCCUGACCUAACAAGGACUAUCGAGGAGAUAGGAUUGCAAUUUAUUAAACCCCUUCACUCUCUCUCCAGUCUCGUGCCGGAAAUUUCAGAUUGGCGAAGGAGAAGGCGAUAUUGUGUCGAUUCGUACUUCAUAGCAGGAUAUAUCUCUGAGUAUCUGUGUGCGUGCGAAAGCAAAUAGGGGAGAUCUCUGAAUGAUCGUAGCAAGCAAGCAAGCAAGCAUAUUGUUAUCUAAAUUGUGAAGGCCCCGAAUUGGGACUGGAUAAGUUGUUUUGCAGUAUUUGUAGUAACAUAUAUCAUCUUCAGUUGAAUAUCGAAUAAGGAACGGUAUGGACAACUGGAUCAUUAAAAAGAGGAAGAUGGUACGAUGUACCUCUUCUAACAAGCAACAAAAGAGAGAAGAGCAUAUGAAGGAUGGAAUCAGUGGAUUGCCGGACGAAAUCCUCAUUGCUAUCCUGUCUCUUUUGACGCUUAAAGAAGCUGCAUGUACUAGUAUUCUCUCACGCAGAUGGAGAUAUUUAUGGAGAUAUAUAACUGCUAGUUUGAACUUUGAUUCAAAGACAUUACUUGCUCCUGCAUAUUAUGAUAGUUAUUUGUAUCAAGCGGGACCUAUAGAUUAUGAUGCUUUAGCAUCUAAAGAUGAAGAAAAUCGUACUAAGUAUGUAAGUUGUGUGAAUGAAGUCUUGAAAUUUCAUCUUGGCUCCUAUAUAGACGAAAUGAGGAUUUCUUUUGAAUUCCGUGGGCACUACCCUUGUGAUAUCGAUGAUUGGAUCAAGUUUGCAAUGGAAAAGGGUGUUCAAAGGUUUGAAUUGGAUUUGUUGGCUGGCAUUCAACCGGGACCGUGGAUGCAAUUAUACGAUUUUCCAAACAUGGAGAACUUCAAAUUCUCAUCUAUCACUUCACAUAGGCAUCAUGUGCCACGGACUAUUGGUUCUGCAGCUGGCUUUUAUUCCCUAGCGGUCCUUCGUCUGCUUGGUGUUAAUAUCAUGGAUGGGGUGAUUGAGAAUUUCGUAUCCAACUGUCCGUUUCUUGAGCAAUUAUGCAUUGUGGGUACAACAUAUCUAGUGAAUAUAAAAAUUGCUGGUCCAUCACUCAAAUUGAAGAGCUUAGAGAUAUCUCACUGCCACAGUUUGGAAAAUCUGGAAAUUUCUGCAAUGAAUCUUGUUUCAUUCAGCUACUCUGGUCGAGAUAUAAGUGUGGCUUUUAAAAACGUUCCUCUUCUCUCUGAGGUAUCUAUCCGUGGAGAAUUCUGUUCAUCCUUUGUUUUUGGAUCUUGCAAGCAUUCCAGCUACAUUCCUCAAAUAGAAAAGCUCAAGUUACAAGCGUUUGAUGAGGACUUUCUUCAGUUCCCCAAGUAUUUCCGUGAGCUAGGGAAUCUCAAGCAAGUGGAAUUAUAUAUUCUAGGAUUUAUUGGUUGCAGCCUUCUAAGUCUCACUUCUGUGAUUAAGGCAUCUCCUAAGCUGUCUAAGUUUUCUCUUCGGAUGAUUCUGGCAGAGAAUGGUGAACAGGUAAUAAGGGAUGGUCAAAUAGCUGCUGAAAAAGAGGCGACAAAAUGUCAUCAUCAAUGCCUUAAGGUGGUGGAAUUAAUUGGGUUUGUUGGAACUAGCAGGGAAAUUGAUCUUGUUAUGCACAUACUUGAGGUUGCUCCAUCAUUGGAGAAAUUAAUAAUUGAUCCCCGUCCAGUGUUAUACAUCGUCGGACAUCCAGGGGAUGUUAGGAGAAUGGAAACUGGUAAAGAGCGUGCGCUUCAGUUAAAAACGAGAUUACCUGCGACAGUUAAAUUAGUGAUUCUUUAGUUGAAUUUAUGGUGACUAUUUACUUAUUCGUCUCAUGUUAUUUGCGGGAUUACGAUUGAAAGUAAAGCUAAGCUUCUAUGACUGGCUUUGGAAAGUGUAAAAUAGUAUUGGAUUAUAAAACCCUCAAGGUAUGUUUGGCA